CCUGGGCGCGUGCAGUGACCGCCACGGUUCCGGAGGCUGCACUUGUCCUCUGCUCUCCAACGCGCAGACUGCAGCGCGCAGGACUAAACCGGAGCUGGGCGAGGGGGGCCGGCGAGAGGAGGUGGAGUCCGCCGGAGCCCAGGCUAUAAAGCCCGGCGGGGCGCCCCACACGCCGCGCGCGGCGCUGGUUGCCGGGUUCCGAGCGUUGUGUGAUUCUGUAGACAAGUCACAAUGGGAAGCAAAGGAAGUUUUGUUCUGCUCGGGCUCCUGCUCAUCCUGUGUGUCCUCUGCCAUUCAGGUCAUAGCCUGGAGUGCUACUCCUGUCUUAACCCAUCUGGUAGAUGCACUACCACCACCAACUGUACACAGAAUCUGGAUGCGUGUCUCUACGCCAAAGCCGACACACGAAUUUAUUACCAGUGUUGGCAGUUUGCUAAUUGCAAUUACAACGACAUCGUAAAACAGUUAGGGGGGAAGGAACUAAAGUACGACUGCUGCCAGAAGAACCUGUGCAACAGAAGUGGUGGGACGAGUAUAUCAGGGGAAACGUUUCUGCUGAUGACUCAGGUGCUUGCAGUAUUCUGGAACAUUUUCCUCUAAAUCGAUACCAGGAGAGUGUCUCCUAAAAUCCCUGUUUCUGUGUAUUCCUUAUUUCCUUUGCUGCUGCGUUCCAAAAGCUUUAUAUUUUCUUGCUGGGAAAGAUAUAAACUAGCUUGAGCAACUUGGAUGAGAGAGAGAGACUCAGAAACUCUGAAGACCAGUUCUGUCUGCAGAGAAGGCCCAGUUGAGGGAAGAAGUUUAAGAGGGAAGCACUUGUGAUUUGAGAUAAGAUUACAUGCUUCUUUCCUCCGCUCUUUGCAGUGACAGUUUGACUAGAUUCUCUGCAGUCCUCAGCUACUUCCCAUCUUGUUCCUUGCAUGCAGUUAAAUAGUAUUAUAGUACUUCUUGGGGUGGGUGGGCCAGUGGGGUCUUUUCAACAAUCACUAUCAAAGGAAUGCUUCCAUGCAUUUUGGGACCUCCAGAGGUCAUCAUAAACAGCAACAGAUCCGCAGGGAUGUUACCUGCUGACAUCGAGCCUGUUGACUCCUAGCUAAUGUGGCACAGAUUGUAUAAAAUAGUUUGUAAGGGCUAUCAGCAUAAUCACAAAUGUUGAGACUUUCAGAAGUUCUACCAGUUUCCUAAAAAGUGAUACACCUUUUCAGGAGGGCAGAGUUUUGCCUUUUUCUUGUGGGUGCUGGUGAAUUAUUCUCAAGGUCUGGGAAACUUAAUGACAUUUGUAUUCUUAUAAACUUGGUGGUGUUUAUCUGUAUAGCCUGACUUUUGCAGAUGAAAGUGGGAUUUCCUGAUUAACAUUUUUAAAAAAACCGCUUGAUUAUGUAAUCUGUUAGACAAACUGGAAUGAACGAUGCCUUUCUGAAAAUAAAAUCUAAUCAAAUGCU